GAUGGUGAGACCAGGAUAGCACCCGGAUUUUGUCACUGGGACAACAGGACCAGGAUUGACCUUGCUAGGAUAGCAGCACCAGCAUGGCUUCACCAGGAUGAUGACACCAGGACUGGUCCUACUGGAAUGGCUUUGCUGGGAUAGUAGCACUGGGACCAGCUUCACUGGAACAGCAUUGGAAUGGCCUUGCCAGGAUGGUGGCACCUGGAUAGCUUCACUGGAUUGAUGGCACCGGUACUGGCCAUGCAAGGUGACACUGGGAUGGCCUUGUCAAGACAGCACCAGGAUUAAUCUCACCAGGACAACAUGGACUGGCCUUGCUGGGAUGGUGACACUGGGAUAGCCUGGCUGUAUGGUGGAUCAGGAUCAGCCUUGUUGUGAUGGCACCAGGAUGGCCUUGCUGGGAUGGCACUGCAGCUGGCAUUACUGGGAGAGUCCUCACUGGAAUGGCACCAGCAUGGUCUACUGGGACUGGCUUCACUGGGAAACAGUGGCACUGAGAUGGCCUUGCUGGGAUGGUGGCAGCAGCACAGCCCUGGGAUGGCCUCACUGGGAUGGUGGCACUGGGACUGCCCUGAGAUGACUUCACUGGAAUGGUUGCACCAGGACAGCCCUGGAAUAGCCUUGCCACAAGGGCAGUGGGAAUGGCCUUGCACAGAUGGCCCUGCCAGGAGUGGCCUCAUUGGCACAGUACUGGGGUGGCCUCCCAAGCACCUGUGCCCUGUCCCUGUCCCCACAUAACUGCCCCAUUCAGGGCUUCAGGGACCCCAACCUGCCCUGUCGGUCCUUGGGCUCAGGGGAGGGGAGCACUGGGGCUCCUGGCUGUGCGAUUGGAGCUCUCUGUGAGAGCUCCUACCCCAUAUGGGAGGAUUUCAACUCGAAGGCCACCAAGCUGCACUCCCAGCUCAGGACCACGGUGCUGGCCGCAGUUGCCUUCCUGGAUGCCUUCCAGAAAGUGGCUGACAUGGCCACCAACACCCGAGGUGCCACGAGGGACAUCGGCUCGGCGCUGACCCGGAUGUGCAUGCGGCACCGCAGCAUCGAGGCCAAGCUCCGGCAGUUCACCAAUGCCCUCAUGGAGAGCCUGAUAAACCCUUUGCAGGACAGGAUUGAGGACUGGAAGAAAACUGCCAAUCAGCUGGACAAGGACCAUGCGAAAGAGUACAAGCGAGCACGCCAUGAGAUCAAGAAGAAGUCCUCUGACACCCUCAAGCUCCAGAAAAAGGCUCGCAAAGAGCUACUUGGGAAGGGGGACCUGCAGCCCCAGCUGGACAACGCGCUGCAGGAUGUCAAUGACAUGUACCUGCUGCUGGAGGAGACGGAGAAGCAGGCGGUCCGCAAAGCCCUCAUCGAGGAGCGGGGCCGCUUCUGCACCUUCAUCACCUUCCUGCAGCCCGUGGUGAACGGGGAGCUCACCAUGCUGGGAGAGAUCACCCACCUGCAGGGCAUCAUCGAGGAUCUGGUGGUGCUCACCGCUGAGCCACACAAGUUGCCCCCCGCCAGUGAGCAGGUGAUCAAGGACCUGAAGGGCUCUGACUACAGCUGGUCCUACCAGACGCCCCCAUCCUCACCCAGCAGCUCCAGCUCUCGCAAGUCCAGCAUGUGCAGCAGCGUUAGCAGUGCCAAGGGUGGCAUGGCGUGGCCCGGCGGGGCUCAGACCUGCUCACCCAGUUCCACCUAUCGCUACCGCAGCCUGGCGCAGCCCCCCGCCGCCGCCACCCGCCUCUCCAGCGUCUCCUCCCACGACUCCGGCUUCAUCUCCCAGGACGCCGCUUAUUCCAAACCGCCUUCCCCCAUGCCCUCGGACAUCACCAGCCAGAAGUCCUCCAGCUCGGCGUCCUCAGAGGCAUCCGAAACCUGCCAGUCAGUUAGCGAGUGCAGCUCCCCCACCUCGGACUGGUCCAAGGCCAGCCCCUAUGACCAGCCGGUGGUCCCUACCCUGCAGCGGCGCAAGGACCGCGUGGAGCACCUGCGGGAAGCCGAGAUGGGCUCUCCUGCUGGGGGGUACCCGGGCAUCGGAGGCGAGGACGCUCCCAGGCCCCGGAUGUCACCGGCUACAAUUGCUGCCAAGCAUGGGGAGGAGGUGUCCCCUGCCGCCAGCGACCUGGCCAUGGUCUUGACCCGUGGGCUGAGCUUGGAGCACCAGAAGAGCAGCCGGGACUCGCUGCAGUACUCCAGUGGCUACAGCACGCAGACCACCACCCCCUCCUGCUCUGAGGACACCAUCCCUUCCCAAGGCUCCGACUACGACUGCUACUCGGUGAACGGCGACGUGGAGUGUGACCCCCAGAGCGAUUUCGACAAGUCCUCCACCAUCCCACGCAACAGCAACAUCGCCCAGAACUACCGGCGGAUGAUCCAGACCAAGCGUCCCGCCUCCACCGCCGGGCUGCCCAGCGGCACCAACCUGCCGGCCGGCACCACCCCGGGGGUGGCCACCAUCCGCCGCACGCCCUCCACCAAGCCCUCGGUCCGCCGCACACUCUCCAACGCCGGCCCCAUCCCCAUCCGACCCCCCAUCGUCCCCGUGAAGACCCCCACGGUGCCCGACUCCCCUGGCUAUGCCGGCCCUACACGGGUGGGCAGCGAGGAGUGCGUCUUCUAUGCUGAUGAUGCCUCUCCAAACCCCCUGGAUUUUGCCAAAGCUUCGCCCAAGCGGCUGAGCCUUCCCAACACCGCCUGGGGUGGCGGUGCCAUGGAGAUCUCUGUCUACCCCGGGGCCGGCCAGCACCUCUCCGCUGAGGAAGAGGAGGACCAGCAGUUGGCUGCCAACCGGCACAGUUUGGUGGAGAAGAUUGGGGAGCUGGUGGCCGGCGCCCACGCCCUGGGGGAAGGCCAGUUCCCCUUCCCCACCGCCCUCGUGGGGUCCGGCCCCAGCGAGGAGACCCCCGCGCCGCCCCCCGCGGCCUCCAUGGACCCCCCGGCCGAAGACAUGCUGGUGGCCAUCCGGCGCGGGGUGCGCCUGCGCAGGACCGUCACCAAUGACAGGUCGGCCCCGCGGAUAUCGUGAUGAUGCCCCGUGCCCGCCGUGGCCCAUGGACCCCCGGGACAGCCCUGCCUCCCCAGGAGCCCCCACCCGCCGGCACCCGCUGCCCUCCCCUCCUGGUGCCCCCUGCUUCCUGCCCUCCUGUCUCCUCCUGCCCUGCCCUCUCCCUGCAUCCCUCCUUC